CUUUUCCUCGUUCCUCGUACUUAUUUUAAUUUUAAGAUGGAUUGGAGGAUGGAUUGAUAAUUAUAUGAAACUUGAAGCUUUUUAAAUGAUUCGAUACGGAAUUUUUUUACAUUCCUUGGCUCGUUAUAAUUAGCUUUUCAGUUUUCUAAAAUGUAUUGUGUCUGAUCUGUUUCAAUGUAUUAGUGUAUAGUGUAUUAUGAUAACGGAUAGCUAAAACAUAAUAUGAACUGAACUGAAUAAGUUUCACGAAUCGUAUUCCUCAAACUUUUCAACUGCCUUGACGGGGCGAUGUUGUUUCUUUUGCCUUCAUCACCCAAGUAAUAUUUAAACAAAGUGCACUUUUUGAACAACAAAAUUGAAAACAAUCCUUUUGUGGUACAGAAUUUAGAAAUGGCUUUGAAAAAUGCAAUGAUUAGAAACAUGUUACUAUAGCUUUUUAUCUGAUACUCUUCAAGGUAUAAAACGUCAGAACAUAGAUCGAAAACUUUUCUUUAGGAAAUGUAUAUACCCUGUCGUGGAUCUAAAUAGAAUAAUCAGAAACGCGAGCACAUGACUGUUGAAGAUGCCAAAUCAGUUCAGCUUGCCUAUUGAAAAUGCUACAAAUGGAGUCCUAAGGUGAAAACGAACUCCUUCUGUCUACAUAAUAGUGACUUUUUCACGUUUAUGUAGAUAGAUUUUAAAACAAAUAAUUUAUAUUUGCUUUUUUAACGCCAUUUUUACAAUUUUUAAUGAUCAAACACCUUGGCAAAAUGCUAUACCCUCGUGCCUCCAAACUCCAGUCGCUUGCUCACUUCCAUUUUCAAUUUUUGACUGUGAAACAAGCACAGACAACUUGUAGUGCUAUCAUUAGAAUAUGCUUGUUGUAAUAUCCCUUAUAGCCAGUGUUUGGUUUCUACAAUUUUGUUAUCUUGGCUACUAAAAUACAUCGCUCCAACUUUGAAUGAGGAGGUUGGGGAGGGAGGAGGGGGCAGGGUAGAGGUUAGACGAUACUAUCACAAUGCAACUGGGCAAUUGUUUAAGGGGUUUGUCUCAAAUUUGCUGUCCAAGAUUUUUGAAUUGGCUUCGAUUUCAUUCUAGAAACUAUUGACUAGUCUCAACCAAAGCUAAGCUUCAUUUCACGGUGUCGCUAUUUCUCUUGGGAUCUAUCUGGCUGCUUCUCCAUCAUAAGAAUCAUUUACUUCACAUCGAUAAAUAAAUUUUGUUGUCCAUUUUUUUAAAAAUGUUCAGGUAAAAUAAUCAUAAUCGAUGGGUUCCAUGAAAAUCUCAAUUUUCGAUUCAGAUGAUGCAAAUUAACCUUAAAAACUCUUUGGUAAACAUGAUCGUUGCAGUAAACAGAGUUGCGUCAUACUUUGCUUUUGGAACAAUUUAUUUGAAUAGGUGUGCGUUUUUGGUGAAGGCAGGGAAUUUGCGAACACGGUUUUAAGGCCUCUGUGCGGUGGCACGGUUUCUUGCUUCUCUGGGGAAAAUAAGCUGUUGGAAUAAAAAAGCAGCAUUUCACUUUUGUUUAAUCUUUCAGUUGCCUUUGCGCUGAAGUUAGUUGUGUUUAUUACUUAUCUUCGUUGAGUUUCUUGCAGGGCUGCAGUAAGCCCAAUUCCUCUGGUUUAUAACUGCAUGGGACAAUUCUGGUAAGUGCAUAUGUAAAAUUAGUUAGGCAAUUAUAUGGCUAAAGUAUAAUAAUUUGCUACCACGUGAAUUUGAUCAUGAUAAAUCUGAAUAACACGCUUAUUAUCUGAAGCGUACUUAUCUAAAUAAGCGAAUAUGGUAAACCUGCACGGUAGAGCCAAUUUACCAAGUUCUGCAAUGAUUGACAUGCUUUAAGUUUAUGACAUAAGCAAAGCUGUUUUCGUUGUGCAAUACAUGUUGGCCAAGAUAUAGUUGAUUUUUAUAGAGCGUCUUAUGUGGCUGGAUGUGGCAUUUUUGAGGGAUAAAUUUGGGUAUGGCACUUUGGGAUGUAAAACUAACCUUCACACGAAUUGCAAAACAGGACAUGAGGAUGUCACUAGUCUUUGGAAUCUUGAAAAUAUUUUGAGAAAAAUUUUGCCAUUCUGGGCAGAUGUGGAAAAAGCAGCCUGUUUGUAAGGGUGGUGAAUGCUAGAUACAUGGGUCUUUAUAGGUUUGUUAAGGCGAUGUAGCAACUUUUUUAUCUUAAAGUUGAAUGAACAGGGUCGCAUAGAAAAUUAACACCUUGUUGUUUCAGAGUUUAUUAUUGCGAUUAAGCUAACAUUGAAUUUUCAAUCUUUUUUGCAGAAGCUAAAAAGCAAUGGUGAAUAAAGUCUGCCUUGCUGGCGUUGCCUUCUUGUGUGCGCUACUAGUUCUUCAAAUUGACUACAGCCACUCCAGUGAAGAUCUGAUUUCAUCAUUGGGGCAUGAGUUUGAUUUAGCAGCGCUGAAACUGUUGCAAAGCUAUGAUGACGAAGGGAAAAGGCAAAGUUCUAAAGAUCGGAUUUCUGUCAUGAAUGAAGGAGGAGAUACCUUGGUGUUCCAAAAAAUCCACCCUGUGCAAAAGUUAAACACAAGCUACACCAGGGACAUUAAACAUAUGAAGAUAAAAGUUAAUUCGACCACAGAUUUGCACCUUCUGGCAGUCGCAAACCAUUUUAACCCGAACAAGCGAUUGAAUUCCACGGUAGACAUAUAUAAAUUUGAUGAAAAUAGGAAAACUUUUGUGCUUCUUCAGAAGAUAUAUCAAUCGGGACCUUAUCAGCUUGACUAUUUUAAUGUUUCUUCAAAUAAUGGAACGGUGAAGAACAUACUUGUUAUUGCCAGUAACUCAAAGGGUAGCACGGAGACGAACAACAACCCUCACGUUUCUGUUUAUGAAAUUGUACUGACCGGAAACACGAUAACCUUUAAGCGAUUUCAGAAAUUCGAUUUAGUCAGUGUGGAUGCGCUUACGUCGUUUGAGAGGAAAAAUACAACCUACCUGGUGAUGGGCCUAAGCCUGAAGCCUGCAAUGAUAACUGAUUACCCUGGUAGCGUUGUGAUUCUCUCAUACAACAAACAGAAGCACUUUUUCCAGUACCAUUCAACUAUUCAGUCAAACAUUGUUAGUGAUAUUGAAGUAAUGACGAUUGGUAAGGUGACCCUAAUGGCAAUUGGUUAUUACAAAGAUAAGGACAACAAUUUGAAUCUAAAUGCAACAGUCUACAAGUUUAGCGACACAAAAAGACAAUUUGAGUUUUACCAAACGAUACCAACCAAAGGUGUUCGCGACAUCGAAUCAUUUAGUAUUUUGAACACAUACUUUCUUGUAGUAGCUGCUGAGUUUUGCAACAAAGAGACAAAAGAAUGUGCUCAGCUGCCAUCGAGUGUAUAUAGGUUAGUUGGUAGUAAAUUUCAGUUGUCCCAUGAUGUUGAACCAAAAGGCCCGGUUAAAUGGACUAGCAUCGACCUAGCUGAGUGUCAGAAUACAAGGCUUCUGGUAUAUGCUGAUCGCAGUGACGCUGUCGAUCAGGUUGGGUUUUAUAUAUAUAGAGAAGGUCAUAGAAAGUUUGAAAAGUUGCAACUUUCGCUGUAUCAGUCAUACCCACAGGAUUUUAGGCCUAAACCAAAUGUUUUAGCUUUGUUCACAAUAGAAAAAGAUCUGUUUUUGGUUAUUGGAACUGAUAACAAAAAUGCCAGUCACACGUUGUAUCGAAUUGAAUAUAAAGUGACCCCUAAUGAAAAUGCUUGGGAACAUGUGGCAGCAGCCCUCUCCUCCGACCUUUCAAAUCUACAACAAAAUUUGACUGUUCUUGAAGAAUCAAUUAAACAGCUGGAGAUUGAAGUAAGCAAUGUCAUGAAGACGCAUCUCAUCCAGAAUGUUACAGGUACCAAAAUAUUUGCAAAGAAUGUAAGUUACGAUCUGGUAAACAUUGAAGAGCUGCAUUUGUCUAAUGGUAGCAUCCUGUUCUCUAGAAAUGAUAGUUUAUUUAAGGCAGACGAUACAAAGUAUACAUUUGAAAACUUGACGCAAAUAGAAAUUAGGAAUGAUGAGAUCGAAACCAUGACAUCUGAAAGAAAUAUUAGCCUAUCAGAAGCUCCAAAAAUCUAUGAAGAAACAAGCCUUAACGUUAUCUUGAAUUUCUCACAUGUAAAUUUGAAUAGCUCCAGCGGAUCGUUUGGAAAUAUUGACGUUCCUGACUGCCAAAUCAACAACAUAAACGUAUGUAACUUAAAGAAAGAUACAAUAACAAACAGAGGGACUGACACAAUAGCAGGCACUAAAAGAUUUGCAGCCGAUACCGUAAUGCUAAAUCAUCUGCAGCUGAACGAAACCUUAAAUGGUGUCAAAGUUUCUCGAGACUUAAUGGACACCAAGCUAGAUCAAACUUUGCAUGCUAACACAACCUUUAGCAAAGUAGCCUUUCUAAAAUCGCUGAAUGUCUCAGGAAAGUUAAAUGGCAUUGAUGUCAGCGAAGUAUUGAGACUAAAAAAAUCCGAAGUUGUUUCAGGCAUCAAAACCUUUUCUUCGAAUUUGGAACUUGGAAAGGCCAACAUCAGGCAAAAGAUUGAUGGUGUCAAUUUCGAUAAGUUUGCACUGAAUACAAUGAUGUUACACAAAGAACAAAACGUAACAGGAAGAAAAGUCUUUAGAAAAGCUAUAAAUGCGAUAGGGGACAUUCAAGUAAAGAACCUGACAAACAACCAUGACUUAGAUAAAUGGAGCGCUGGCUUGGUAGAGAUCAAUGCUGCUCUUUCUACAUUUAACAGAAAUAUCAGUUUUCUAGAUGAAGUCAGUGUUGAAGGCAAUGUCACUUUAGAUGGAGCUUUCAAUGGUCUUAAGUACCCAGACGAUGUUUUCCUGGUUUCUGGGAAGCAGUUCAUUAGCGGAACAAAAACAUUCUUGGCCAACAUGUCAACAACAGGGAACCUAAUUGCGACUGGCCUUGUCGACAAUGUUAAUUUGAGUGAUACUGUUUCACUGCGCGAUGAUGGUCGCAUUACAGGUCGGAUGACAUUCCUGAAAAAUCUGAAAGUUUCAAGCCAUAUAGCAGUUUCUGAGAAUACGUUGGUAGAUGAUGUCGAUCUCUCUCAACUACAAAAUAAUGCUGUCUCCAUCAAAGAAAAGCACAAUAUUACUGGCAAUGUGACCUUUACGUCAAAUGUACAAGCAUUUGAUUGCUUAACUGUAAGAGGACAAAUAGACCACGUUGCAGUGAAUUUCUACAGCGAUCUAUUCGCUAGAUCAGUUUUGAAAACAGGAGCUCAAAGCAUCAUUGGAGAAAACACCAUUAUGAGCAAUGUUGUUGUCAAAAAGAAUCUCUCAGUUAAUGGACAGAUAAAUGGGUAUGAUUUCCCAGAUUCGUUUCUCAAUAACUUUGGAAACCAACAAAUCGGUGUUUUGUUCAACCUUAGUGAUGUUUUGCAGAAAAAGGACAUUCAAAUUGGUGGCCUAGUCAGCAGUUUCAACAUGAGUGAACUUGAAAACGUCGUAACAAAUAUCAAAGAUGACAAGCCUGUGUAUGGUAAAAAGAUCUUCAAUGAAGAUUUGCAAGUUAAGAAAAGCUUAAAUUUUUGCUGCACUGUAAACAAUUUCAAACUCUCCAACCUGCUCACUAAGCAUACCAACCAAGUUGCCUAUGGACCAAAAAGUUUCAACGAAGUGCGUGUUUUGAAAGAAUUAGAAACGACUGAUGUUCUAGUGGAAAGCACAAUCGAUGGGGUAGAUUUGCUAAAUUUUUCAGAGAUAGCGUGGGUUGAUCAGCCAAAUAGACGCAUCGAUACAUGGGUGCACUUCGAAAAUGCUACUGUAAGUAAUGGCUUACAGACAGAAGAAGUAAAUGGUAUCGUCUUGGAGAAUCUAACUGGUGAUAUUGUUACUUUGAGCACUAAUCAAUCGGUACCCAGUGAGAAAAAAAUCAAAGAUAUUCAUGUAAGAUCAGAUGUCCUUGCUAAUUCAGAAAUAAAUAACAUUGAUGUAUCACAGCUUUCUGAAAACAUAUUGAGGGUAAAUGAAGAUGCAAGGCUUAAUGGAACAGUACGAUUUGGAAGUAUUGAGGCAGCAAGACUAGAGGUCAAUGGGUUUAUACAUAACAGCAAUAUUUCCCAGAUAGUAGAAAGUACUGUAAUGACUACUGGAGAUACAGUUUUAUCAGGAGAAAAGACUAUUUCUGGAGACGCACGAUUGAGGAGAAGCAUGCUUGCAAGUACAGUCAACGAAAUGAUUCCCACAAAAGACUGGGUGCUUAAAGGUAGAAUUCAAGUCAUUUCAGGUAAGAAGACUUUUUCAGGUACGACGAAGAUAGAGGGAGAUGCAACAGUGGCAGAAGCAGUUAACAGUGUUGAUAUUGCGACAUUAGAAAAGGAAGCUGUCUCGAAAACAAAAACAGGGAGCAUUGGAGGGUUAAAAGUUUUGGCAAAAGAUACUCAGAGCAAAAAUGAUGUUUCCAUUCAAGCCAAUAUUGAUGGAAUUGAUUUGUCCAAACUGGAUAAUUCCACUGCAAAGCUGAACAGUGAUGCUGUUUUGGAGGGCAACAGAACAUUUUCAGAUUCAGUUGAGUUCAAAGCAAAUUUUACUGUCCGUGGUUUGGUGAAUGGAAAAGACAUAACGACGAUAAAGAACGAUGCAGUUUUGAUCUCUGGCAUCCAACGCGUGACAGGGAAUGUGUCUUUUGAGCAGGGCCUAUUGCUGAUGAAAAAUUUAACGGUGGGUGGGAACAUAAGUUCAUCGGGCAUUAUCAACGGAGUACAGAUUGCGGAUCUUGAGAAGAUGGUGGUGACGAAUGACAACGAUCAGAUUAUUUCAGGGAAUAAAAAUUUUACUAAAACAACAGUUCUGAAGCAGAGUGUAGACGCUGUACGACUGAAUACUUACGAAAGGGAUGAGUUUGUUACCAUUAGUGGAAAUCAGUCAAUUGAAGGUAAGAAGACGUUUGCUCAAACUGAGGCCAUCGGCAAUGUUUUAGUUUCCAAGCUUGCAGAUGGCAAAAAACUUUCCCAGCUUGCAGCGGACACCUUGUUAGCAACCGAGAGUCAAAAUAUCAUCGGCCAAAAGUUUUUUACAAAUGCUGUGCUUUUAAAAUCAAAUUUAUUGACAGAAGGCCAUAUUGACUCAAAAUUAAUUGAGCCGAACACUUUGCUGACCUUGAAUUCUGAUCAGAAAAUCAAUGGCACGACGAGGUUUUUAAAUUCACUCAAUACACAAACAGACUUAGGAUUGCAAGGGAGAUUUUCAGGUAUCAACCUUACUGCAUUAGAAGAGAGAAGAAUGAGACUGAACGAGUCCCAGAUUGUUUUCGCCAGUUUGCUUGGAUCUACUUUCAGAGUUAAAGAAGAAAUCAAUAUUAGCAAUAACAUAAAUGGGAUUGAUUUCAGUGAUUGGAAGAGUUCUCUCGACACAUUCAGUGGAAAUUCGACAGCAUAUCAAAAUCAUCAGGAAGCAAUUGCUAAAACUAGAUGCCCUUACCUGAGUCAUGUUGAGGAUAUUACAAAAAGUAGCCCAUUUUACAUCGACUACUUCGACCAUUUUCAAGAUUUUGAUAACUACAUUUACCACAUGGAGCCGUUUUUGGUUGGAAAUGACAACUUCAUUGCGACUGUCAGGUCAUCAGACUCCUCAAAAGUAUGUUAUUCGAGCGAGAUAAUGAUUUUUAAUCGCAUUCAGAAGAAAUUUGUGACUUUUCAAUAUUUGGCGGAGGCAAUUGAUUCAAAAUUCAGAUACUUCCGUAUCAGAAACGAAAUCUACUUGCUUUUGGAGAGUGGCCCUCAAGGAUGCAAUCAAGGGAAGAGUGUACUGUACAAAUGGAACAACACAAUCAGAUCGUUUGAAGAGCGCCAGACCUUUCCGAUGAGCUGUGUCACAAGCACAAGUGUUUUCCAGGACCGUAGGAACACAACAUGGAUUGCAAUAGCAACAGCAGUUCAUAAAACAUUUCUAUCCAAUGUGACUUUAUGGAAACGCGAGUCAAAUGGUUCGAUCUUUUUGUUUGCUCGGGAAUUGCCAGGCAUGAUGCCAUCUUCUACAGAGGCUUUUCAGAUCGGAAAUGACACUUUCUUGGCCAUUGCAAUGUCCUUUGAUUCAGCACUUUCAACAACAAGCACUCUUUCAGUCAUCUAUAAGUUGAAUUCGAAUUCAAAAUGGGAACUUCUUCAGAAGAUACCUACAACUAGAGCGUCUGAUGUUACAAGCUUUACGGAUACAGAACAUCAUUUUGUUGCUUUCUCCAAUGAGCAGGACAAGAAUACUCUAUCGACCUUAACACAGCAAGUUGAAGUCUUGCGAUAUCUUCCAUCUAGAGGACAGUUCGUUUUGGACCAUUCCUUUGGAUCAUCCUUUCCGAUGGGAAUUGAGACACUCUCUCUGGAUAACGUUAACUAUUUGGUCGUUGUGAUGAAGAAAAGUGGUGUCAACAUUUACAGGUUCAGACUGCACUUCUCCUACCAGCUGACAACUUUCAUUCCGCAAAAUACUGUUACCCACGUGUCCUCGUUCAUGCUUGAUGGCAAGCUGAUGCUGGCUAUUAGCAGCAAAAUACCGUUAAAUUCUGCAGAUAAUGGAAAAUCUAAGCCACGGCUCUUGAAAGCUGCUUUAUCAGGUAUUCAGCCGUCAUCUUUCCCCGCCUGCUAGAAAUGGGGCACCACCUGCCUGAAUAUAUGCUGUUUACUUUACUGAUAUAUCAAAUUCUACAAUUAUACAAGAUAUAGAGAUACGCAUAUAUAUUUAUAUGGACAGUAAAAGCUACAGAAUAUAAUUAUGCUGCAUAUUAUUUAGCUGAUAUUUAAUAUGAAUAAUAGAUAUAUUUACAAUGUAUUAUAUAUUGAAACUAAUGCUAUAUAGAAAUUAUUUGCUACAAAGAAUGCUGCUAAUGAUAAUUACGAAAAUUUGUAAAUCAUAUUACAUUAUUGCUGGAAAUUUAAUUAAUAUUGCAUACAUAAAUGAAGUUAUAAAUCGGAGGUUUAAUUGAGUUAUGAAAACAAAUGGAAUUA